AUCUUGGAUACGAUCGUCUGUCUGUCUGUCUGUCUGUCUGGCCGCUGUUAAUUGGGUGAGUUGGCUAGAAUACUGGAUCGACAGCGGUAGUGGUGCGAACGAAUGGCCUCGAAAUUCUGGGGGAUGCGAUCCAGACAACCCCAGGCCCCUCGACGCCGCUGACGACACGACGGCAGCACAAGCCGCCCUUGAAGUGAAACCCUAUCUCAUUCGUCCAAGCUAUCAGCACACCUGAAGGAAGUCAGCGCACCCAGCCACACAGACAAUCCAUCAAUCCAUUUAGGUGUGCAUGGUCUGCCUUGCUGUCUGCCCAGCCACCCCAUCCCCCGCCCUCACCCACCCACCCACCCACCCGAAUGCAAUUCGAUGUGCUGUUUGCUGGCCAGGGUGAUCCUCAUGACGCUGUCGUCCCCCCUCACAUACAGAUAGCUCCACGCGGCGCUCUUCUCCUUCAGCGACACAUCAGCCGCUGCUUGGUCCGAUGAGGCCUGCAACCGGUUGUCUGUGCGGUCCAGCUCGAAGCGGUUGCAGACUCGGUAUGGGAGUGCCGUGCUGGAGACCUUCUUGACCUUGACGUCACCACUCAGCAUUGAGGAGGAUGCGCCUGUGGCCGUGACGGUGCGCAUGACUACAGCAAGGCCGUCCUUGGUGUAAAUGACCCGAUGCUCUGGGAGGGGCAUGGGGAAGAAACGAAACCUGAUGGAUACAUACGCGCACAAAUGGAAAAUUUCAUGUGGCAUGACCUUCGUAUGAGUCAAGUGCGGUCAUGGCAUUCGUUCGUUCAUUCAUCCGUUCAUCCGUCCAUCCAUCCAUCCAUCCAUCCAUUUUUUCAUUCAUUACCCGGGCGUGCUGGCGUCAAUGACCACCUGCAAACACAGACCCCCGGACCCACACACGCCUCUGCCAUGAUUGAGUCUGCCAUCCGUUCAUAUAUAUCUCCUGGGCCCACCAUGGUUUUGUCUGUGAGGUGCGACGGCCUGACGUGCACCUCGUGACCAGCCCAUUUGACCUCGUGCGUCACCUUGGCGCCAUGGCUGGCCGCCGUCACGUAGCACGGGUAGUCGACCACCACCUUCUCGUCUCUCUCAAGCAGCAUGAUGAGCUUCGACCCAUCGAAGAUCACGCCCUGCUCGUACAGCACGCCCGUCAACUCCUCGCUCUUCUUGGACGUCGUCAGCACACGCAGAGGGCUCAGAUCUUUCUCCAUGCUGAUCGACGCUCCCAACGCGUUGAACCACUGGCCUGUCUUUUGAAGCCUGAACUGCAGCUUGGUUCGGCUUAAUCGACGUGUGAGCGGGGCUGGCACAUCAAAC